CCAGGACUUACUACUACAAAUUAAGGUUGGUGUGGUGGCUUCGGGUGUCAUUGUUUUCUCUGGGUACUGUUUUUUAAUAUCUAGUGAUCGUUAGGAGGGAAAUAUUAAUUGUUGUAUGUGUAAGUAGUAGUGAUGGGGAGGCAGCCUUGUUGUGACAAACUGGGUGUGAAGAAAGGACCAUGGACAGCUGAGGAGGACAAGAAGCUAAUCAAUUUCAUCAUCACCAAUGGUCACUGCUGUUGGCGAGCCGUCCCCAAGCUUGCUGGCCUCCGGAGAUGCGGGAAGAGCUGCCGCCUUCGCUGGACUAAUUAUUUCAGACCUGACUUGAAGAGAGGUCUCCUUACUGACUUUGAGGAACAACUUGUCAUUGAUCUCCAUGCUCGUCUUGGCAAUAGGUGGUCCAAGAUGCACAAGAUGCCUGGAAGACAGAAACGAGAUAAGAUC